AUGAGUGCGAAGAGUGGCAGUACAUCUACCGAGAAGGAGGAGGGGCUGGAAGCGAUCAAGAGCCAGACGUUGGCUAAAAGCGAGAUGCCCCGUGUUGAGCUUACCGAAGUGUCGAGUAGACACAGCCCAGAAACACUAAAGGGCCGAGCAAGCCAACCAGCAGCCUCGCUCACCUUGAAGCUCAACAAGGAGCGUGAGCCUUCUCGUGCUCAUGAACAGGACUUGGAAGACACGACCGGCAAGCUGGACGCUGAUGCUUCGCGGCACCGCAAGCAGCAGUUGCAGUCAAUUCUUCAGCGUUUUUCGGAGGUGCUGGUACAGGCAGCUAAUGCCUCGGGAGAGAGCGAAGUGGCCCAAGAAGCAGUGGUGAGCGACGAUGGGGUCAUUGCGCACCACUUCGACGCAGUGCCGUUCUGCGCAUGA